AUGAUAACGAUCCCUUAUUUGACCGCCGUAUCCACCUACUUCAGCUACGGAUUGCUCUUCGCCUUUGGCCAGCUCCGUGAUUUCUUCCGUCGUUUCCUGGAUUGGUGGCUCACUAGCAAUCUCCAGGGAUACGCGCCAAUCUGUCUGGGGCAUGAAGAUUUCUACAUCAGGCGAUUGUAUCAUCGGAUUCAGGAUUGUUUUGAACGACCCAUAUCGAGUGCACCUGAUGCCUGGGUUGAUGUAGUGGAGCGCUACUCUAACGAUAACAACAAGACGCUAAAGCGAACAACGAAGACUAGCAGGUGCCUCAAUUUGGGGUCAUACAAUUAUCUUGGGUUUGGUUCUUUUGAUGAAUAUUGCACGCCUCGUGUUAUUGAGUCCUUGAAGAAAUUUUCAGCAAGUACAUGCAGCUCUCGUCUUGAUGCAGGAACUACAUCGGUCCAUGCGGAACUUGAAGAAUGUGUUACUAGGUUUGUGGGAAAGCCUGCUGCUGUUGUCUUUGGCAUGGGCUAUGCAACAAACUCGGCCAUCAUUCCAGUCUUGAUUGGAAAAGGAGGGUUGAUAAUAAGUGAUUCUUUGAAUCAUAGUUCGAUUGUCAAUGGUGCUCGAGGUUCAGGAGCCACUAUCCGAGUUUUCCAGCAUAACACGCCCUCCCAUUUGGAACGUGUUCUGAGAGAACAAAUUGCAGAUGGACAACCUAGGACACACCGGCCGUGGAAGAAAAUUAUUGUUGUUGUUGAAGGUAUUUACAGCAUGGAAGGGGAGAUUUGUCAACUGCCUGAAAUUGUCGCCGUAUGCAAGAAGUACAAGGCCUAUGUUUACUUGGAUGAAGCUCACAGCAUUGGGGCAAUUGGUAAAACAGGAAAGGGUAUCUGUGAACUCCUGGGAGUUGACACAGCUGAUGUGGAUGUAAUGAUGGGAACCUUCACGAAAUCUUUUGGGUCUUGUGGUGGCUAUAUUGCUGGAUCUAAGGAGCUCAUCCAAUUUUUGAAGCAUCAAUGCCCAGCUCACCUUUACGCAACAUCCAUACCGACUCCUUCCGCACAACAAAUCAUAUCUGCCGUUAAAGUUCUUAUGGGAGAGGACGGUACAAACCGGGGGGCACAAAAGCUAGCAAGAAUACGCGAGAACAGCAACUUCUUCCGGGCUGAGCUGCAGAAGAUGGGGUUUGAGGUACUUGGAGACAACGAUUCCCCAGUCAUGCCAAUAAUGCUUUACAACCCAGCAAAAAUCCCAUCUUUCUCAAGAGAAUGUCUUCGACAGAAAGUGGCAGUGGUGGUUGUUGGUUUCCCAGCUACACCUCUACUGCUGGCUAGGGCACGUAUCUGCAUAUCCGCAUCUCAUUCAAGAGAAGAUCUUAUAAGAGCCCUCAAGGUUAUAAGCAAAGUAGGUGACCUUAGUGGAAUCAAAUAUUUCCCGGCAGAGCCGAAGAAACUAGAACACACUAAAAAUGACAUCAAGCUGGAAUGA